CUAAACGAAAAAGAAAAGAAAAAAAGAGAAAGUAGGUGUUGUGAUGUAGCGUUUUUGGUGUUGAUGACUACUAGCAAAGCGGCGCGGAGCGGCUAACACCACCCCCACACCCAGGCAAACAGCGACCCAGUGCGGCUAGCGCCAAGACUCAGUGACGAGGGGGGCGGGUGCUUGUGGUUGUGGUUGCGGGGUUGGUGGGGGGGGGCGCAGCAGGGCAGCCCCGGAGCCAGAGAAGUCGAGAGCCGCGUCUGUGAGCCAUGGGGUUCCGCAAGAAGAACAAGAUCCCCCCGGUGCUGAGCCACGAGUUUGUGAUCCAGAACCACGCCGACAUGGUGUCGUGUCUGGCGAUGGUGAUCCUCCUCGGCCUGAUGUUCGAGGUCACAGCAAAGUUCGCCAUCAUGUUCAUCACGGUCCAGUACAACGUGACGCAAGUUCUCGACGAGAAAAGUGACCCGGUGAACCUGUACCAGUACGGCCCCAAGGAUGCGGCCACCGUGUUUUUCUACCUUCUCAUCGCGGUCAUCCUUCACGCCUUGAUACAAGAGUACAUCCUCGACAAAAUGAACAGGAAGUUGCACCUGUCCAAAACCAAACACAGCAAGUUCAACGAGUCCGGACAACUGGCGACGUUCUAUCUGUUCUCCUUCAUCUGGGGCGGCAGCAUUCUAACGGCGGAGGACUUUGCAACAAAUCCUACUUUCUUAUGGGAGGGUUACCCACACACUCACAUGGUUUUUCAGGUCAAGUUCUUCUACGUUUGCCAAAUUGCCUACUGGCUCCACGCGCUUCCCGAGCUGUACUUUCAAAAAGUACGCAAGGAGGACAUCCCCCGUCAGCUCUAUUACAUCUGCCUUUACGUCGUCCACAUCGCCGGUGCCUACGUCUUAAACCUCCACCGACUGGGCCUGGUGUUGCUGGUCCCCCACUACCUGGUGGAGCUGCUGUUCCACGCCUCGCGCCUCUUCUACUUCAGCGACGAGAACAAGCAGAAAGGGUUCACUCUGUGGGCGCUGCUGUUCGUCAUCGCCCGCCUCCUCACCCUCACCCUCUCGGUCCUGACCUUCGGCUUCGGGCUCCCCCGUACGGAGAACCAGGGCUUCUCCCUCGCCAGCGGCAACUUCAACGUGCUCACAAUAAGGAUGAGUUGCCUGGCAGCAAUCUGCCUGACACAGGCUUGGAUGAUGUGGAAAUUCAUUAACUUCCAGUUGAAGAAGUGGCGGGAGCACAGCCAGAACCAGGCCUCCAAGAAGAAGGCGGUGAGCCCGAAGAGCAGGCCUCACAAGAGGGAAGCGGCCAGAGGAGGUGCCUCCAAUGGCGUCGCCAAGUCCGAGGAUAAAACGUCGCCGCGGGCGCGGAAAGGCAAAGCUUCGUAGAGAUGGGCGAGGAGGGGAUGGUGGUGGAGGAGGAGGAGGAGGCUGAGGAGGAGGAGGAGGAGGAGGAAUAAACUGACUGAGGGAGUGCUGACGAUUACGUCUUUACACAAAUCCGAUUAUGUCCAGUUGCUCUCUGAAAGGUCAAGAGUUCAGUGUCCCAGUCUGGUAGAAUGGUUAUUCACUUUGUUUCUUUGGCCAUGGGACUGUGGGGCAGGGGGGAGGAGUGUGUAUGUGUGGU